CCCCCCCCCCCCAAACUCGUCAUCUUGUGUGUUGCUGUUUUCUUAUCGCGCUCUGGAUCUUAAAAUGGCUCUGCAUGGAUUAACAUUGCGCAAGGCAAAAGCGGACUUAUUUGACUGCUUUUUUGUGACUGUGAAACCAGCCUUUUCAGACUGAGCGUGUUCCCCCAAUUUCUCCAUUUUCGGGCUCGUCUUUUUUUUUCUGGACAUCAAGGCGUUUUCUGCUGAGAAGAAAAGGGCCUAACAUUUGGAUUAAUAUCUCUACAAUAUGCUCUUUAUUGCUGCACUUUCAUUUGUUAUAGUAUCAUAGAUUUUUUUUUUCCACGAGAAUUUGGAUAUGGAGCCAGGCAAGGAGAAGGCUCUCCCCACCUCUAAAGAGGGGCUAAAACAACUCGCAGGAAAGGCCCUCGGGGGUCUAUACAGGAGGCUCGAAAAGCGGCAGCAAACAGGUGAGGCCAUCGAGCUGACGGAGGAUGGGAGACCCCGCGAGGACCAGGAGCGGAAGGCGCCCCUCUGCGACUGCACGUGCUUCGGGCUCCCGCGCAGAUACAUCAUCGCCAUGCUGAGCGGGCUCGGCUUCUGCAUCUCCUUCGGGAUCCGGUGUAACCUGGGUGUGGCUAUCGUCAGCAUGGUCAAUAACAGCACAAUUCAUCAAAACGGCAAGAUCAUCAUCAAAGAGAAAGCGAAAUUCAACUGGGACCCGGAGACUGUGGGGAUGAUCCACGGCUCCUUCUUCUGGGGAUACAUAGUCACACAGAUUCCAGGAGGGUACAUCUCCUCCAGACUGGCUGCGAACAGAGUUUUUGGUGCUGCCAUCGUGCUGACAUCCACCCUGAACAUGUUCAUUCCCUCCGCCGCCCGGGUGCACUUUGGAUGCGUCAUCUUUGUGAGGAUAUUACAAGGGCUGGUGGAGGGGGUGACUUAUCCAGCCUGCCAUGGGAUCUGGAGCAAAUGGGCUCCGCCGCUGGAAAGAAGUCGCCUGGCAACCAUCUCCUUCUGUGGAUCCUACGCAGGAGCGGUGAUCGCCAUGCCUCUGGCCGGGAUCCUGGUCCAGUACACAGGAUGGUCCUCUGUCUUCUAUGUGUAUGGAUGCGUUGGGAUAAUUUGGUACAUGUUCUGGAUUCUGGUGUCCUACGAGAGCCCGGCAGAACACCCGACCAUCACCGAAGAGGAGCGUCGCUACAUCGAGGAGAGCAUUGGAGAAAGCGCCCAGCUGAUGGGAGCGAUGGAGAAAUUCAAGACCCCCUGGAGGAAGUUCUUCUCCUCCAUGCCUGUCUAUGCAAUCAUUGUGGCCAACUUCUGCAGGAGCUGGACUUUCUAUCUGCUCCUCAUCAGCCAGCCGGCGUACUUUGAGGAAGUGUUUGGUUUUGAGAUCAGCAAGGUCGGAAUACUGUCGGCUCUUCCUCACUUGGUCAUGACCAUCAUCGUGCCUUUAGGAGGCCAGUUAGCGGACUACCUGCGGACCCACAACAUCAUGUCCACCACUACGGUUCGAAAAAUAAUGAACUGUGGAGGAUUUGGUAUGGAGGCCACUCUCUUAUUAGUUGUUGGUUACUCUCACAGUAAAGGGGUGGCCAUCUCUUUCCUGGUUCUGGCUGUGGGUUUUAGUGGUUUUGCAAUAUCGGGUUUCAAUGUGAACCAUCUAGACAUCGCUCCCCGCUAUGCCAGCAUCCUCAUGGGCAUCUCCAACGGAGUGGGCACCCUGUCAGGGAUGGUCUGUCCUCUUAUCGUGGGAGCAAUGACAAAGAACAAGACCCGGGAGGAGUGGCAGUACGUCUUCCUCAUUGCUUCCCUCGUGCAUUACGGAGGCGUCAUAUUUUACGGGCUCUUUGCCUCUGGGGAGAAACAGCCAUGGGCCGAUCCGGAGGAGACCAGCGAGGAGAAGUGCGGUUUCAUAGACGAGGACGAGCUGGCCGAGGAGACGGGCGACAUCACGCAGGGCUACGGCGCCAUGGGCGGCCCCGCUAAAAGCUACGGGGCCACGGCGCAGCUGAACGGGGGCUGGGUGCAGGACUGGGACAAGACGGAGGAAUACGUCCAGGAGCCGGCGGGGAAGAUGUACUCUGAGCGCGGCUACUCUUAAAACCAGACAGUCGUGGUGAGUCUGCCUACAACAAAGAAACAGGCUCUCCAUCACGGGUUGCACAAAUAAGCAUUAUAUUAGAUAGUUAGUCCAUUCUGUGUGUUCAAGUAAAACUAUCAAAAAGCCAAUGUAAAGAAGUAGUUGAUUGCAAUGCAGAACAAUCCUCAUUAGAUCCUCCUCGCAUCUCUCAUCACAUCCACACACUGUAGGACGUCGCCUCGCCUGCCAAGCAGACUGCAGGUCUAUGUUGUACUAUUUAGGCGCCUGAACCUCAUCGACCUACUUGAACAACACGAGCCAGACGACACUGCAGUUGACCAUCGCGUAGGGUCUUUCACCGAAAUACCACUCUGAUUGCACUGAGACUAAAAGUAUUCUAAAAACAAGAUUAUAUUCUGUUUCUCAAAUGUGUUUUAUGUACUGUAUAUACCUGUAUACUGUUUCUGUGAGACUAUUGUGGAUUUUGGGUCGUUGAUCUGUGUUAACAUUAAUAUAAAAGGCCAUAUUUUUCAUGGACAGUACCUCUUCAGGGAGAUGUCUGCUUGCAAAAAAGGUCUUCUUCCCAAGCGAGACCAGUAAUACACUAUAAGACAAAAAUAGCGUGAGUGAAAUUGAACCGUAGAGUUUUAGUGUGUGUUUGUUGCAUGAAUUUGCUCAGAUCAAUGUUUCCAACGCAGCCGCCCUCACCGUCACUGAUAGUCCUCAUUCGGCCCACUGCUUCGUUCUUAGAUAAAUGUCUUCUGCCAGUAUAAAUAACAAUAACAGUAAUAAUAAUAACAAUAACAAUAAUAAUAAAAAAUUUACUUUAAUAAUCAGGUACUGGUCGUGAUAUGAGACAAAUCCAAAAAGUUUUGGAAGGCAACUGCUCUGAAGACAUUGUUUAUUGAUGUUUGGUGUGCACUGCAAUAAACUCUGUGUACCAGCCGCCACCCAUCACAUCCUGUUUUGUAACGUAGCACUGGCUUGCUGUAUCUAACUGUAAUUGUUUUGGAGUCAUGUGAUGAUCAACAUUGAGGUGUGUGUUUUAAAACAAAUUACUAGUGUCUGGAGAAUCCAGCUUUAGUGCUCAUGACGCAGGAGAUGUUGUUGCAUUUUGACGGCGAGGAAUGCAGUACCGUGUGUGAACAGCCAAGUUUUUUUUGUGAUCUCCUCUGGUGUUCCUUGGUUGUCGUCAUUGUCACCAAAAGUUGAAAAAAAAAGUUGAUUGCCACAUUGAUAUUGUUGCAUUUGAGUGGACCACAUGGAUUAUUAGAUGGUUCUUCCACUUUACUUUACUUACUGUUUAAGCACUUUUCUUUAUUUGCUGUUUGAAAUCUGCAAGGAUGCUUAAAAAUAUAUGAAUAUUUAAGAAUGUUUAAGACGACCAAAAGAUGCUAACUAUGGCUUUGUGCCUGAAAUUUAUGUAAAACUGAUAAAUGUGAUUUUAUGGCUUCAAAUAUUGUGUUUAAUGAAGAGCUAUGUUGAUGU